AUGCAAGAACGCCCCACACAAGCUCGACUGAGGAUCCACUUCCUCGUCAUUGGCACAACUGCUGCUGGCCUGGCCUCUGCGAUAGCUCUGAGGAGAGCAGGACACAGAGUCACCGUGCUCGAUGUCGAAGACCAGAUUGCAAAUACCUGGGGUGAGAACGGCUGCAUCAUUCCGCCAAGCAUGUCCAAGCUCCUGCUGCGCUGGUUGCCUGAGGAGCACGUGCGUGAACUCUCGGUAUGCUCACGCGCGAUGCUCAUGACAAAGUUCGAGUCCGAGGAGGUGUUGGGCCUGCACAGCUGGCUGGAGGAGCUUUUCCGCGAUGCCGGAGGCAACAUCUUGUACAUGCACUACGCAGACGUGCGCCAACUGCUGUUCGACUCCGCGCUAUCCUACGGCGCAACGAUCAGACCACAGGCGCGGAUCACGUCCGUCAUGUUUGGCGCAGACGGCCGGCCUUCUGUGCGAUUGGCCUCGGGAGAGGCAAUUGAAGCUGAUGUCGUCGUCGGCACGGACGGGCCCGAGAGCGUGCUGCGACGGCACAUCGCGGGCGCGGACGUCAAAGAGACGGCGCUGGGCAUGUCCCUCUUCAGCAUACCGGUCCCGCGAACAGCGAUGGAAGGCGUGCCAGAGCUCCGGCCGCUACUGGAGAGGACGACGUCGCACUCGUGGCUCGGCAGCGCGCGCGGCGCAGUUGGUCACAUCGCCGGCGUCCGGCCGGAGUACGCGCUGCAGGUGUACGUCCCAGCAGCAGGCACAGAGGCGUACUGGGGCAAGCGGGUCACGCCAGCCCAGAUCCUCGAGGCAAUGGGCGGGUGCGAACCGCGGCUCAAGAAGCUCGUCGAGCUCUCAGCGGGCGGGCGGUGCGUGCCACUCACGGAGCCGCCAGAGCUCGAGACGUGGGUGCACCCCGGCGGGCGGCUGAUCCUCAUCGGCGACGCCGCACAUCCCUUCCCGCAACAGCGCGGCUCGGUGAACGGACUCGCGGCGUCCGUGUGCGACGCGGCGGCGCUCGGCGGGCUCUUCCGGCACCUGCACCACGCAGGGCAGGUCGAGCCGUUCCUGCACGCGCUCGAGGCGAUCCGGCGCGAGCCCGUGCGGAAGCUGCUCGAGACGGACCUCGAGAGCUACGCGGCGAUCGCGAUGCCGCCCGGCGCGGCACACGAGCUGCGCUACCGGAUGAUGAAGGAGAAGCACGCCGCGGGUGUCGAGGCCCUCGUCGGCUCGGAGCCGGACGACGUCGUCGCGGCGCAUUGGGAGAAAGAGAAGGACAUGUAUGCGUACGACGCGGAAGAUCACGCUGCAGAGUGGUGGAACGACUGGGGCCUGCUCCAGGAGCGCGCGAUGCGCCAGGCCUGCGUCGUCUGUGAAAGGGUACCGAUCUGCGAGAUUGUCACGCAGAGUAUCGUGGUGCUCUGA